AUGACGAUCAUCUCUAUCCGCGCCCUGAUCCUUGCUCGCAUCGCCCACCACACUCCUGAGCUGCUCCGUACCAUCGCCCCUGACAAGAAGCCCUUCCUAUGCUCAAAGUCCUUCGUCCGCAAGUUCGUCUAUGAGAAGCUCAAGUGGGUCGUGCGCUCCUCAACCCGUGCAGCCCAGAAGACCCCCGACAAUGCAGAGGAACAGAUAUUUGAGCUGUUCCUUCGCCUCGUUUCUUGGUUUCGCGACACUGUGACUCGCCACCCCUCGCUGCUAGUCAACUUCGACCAGACUCAGGUCGUCAUGGCCGACACCACCGCCAACACCUUUGACGUCGAGGGGUCGAGGCAAAUCUCUGUCCUCGGGAAGGAGGAGAAGCGUGCCUUCACGGCGGUGGUCGGUGUUUCUGCGUCGGGCGAUGUCCUCCCGACGCAGUUCAUCUUCAAGGGUGCCACCGAGCGCUCCAUUCCCUCCCCAAACGCGCGAGGUCGAGGCGAAGCUAGCUCCCUCGGCUUCGUCUACUCCUGGAACCACCUCAACUACUGGUCGAACUUGUCGACCAUGGAACAGUACUUCGCCAACAUCAUUGUCCCUUACUUCACCAACCAGAAGCUACUCCUGGGCUACCCCGACAAUCAGGAGUGUGUCGUGCUCCUCGAUUGUUGGUCAGUUCAUCGCAGCCUUGCUUUCCGAUCCCUCAUCCGCCGCCGUUGGCCCUGGAUUCGACUUCAGUACAUCCCCGGGGGCACGACC